GUGAUUACUGUUUCUAGAACGUUCGAUCCACUCGCCGACAUGAAGACAGUUGUCCUGGUCGGUGAACGAUUUCGAAAGAACCCAGUGUCUACGCUCUGUGCUUAUUCCUUGAUUUCCGCGUGAUAUCUGUCCAGUUGUACAGGAAAAAGCUAUUCCUCAUUCCGAGAUUUUAUUUCGAGACUUCAGCUUGUAGUGAACAGAAGGCGUAUAUGGGGAGAGAUUUUUAUUCCGUUCUUGGGGUUCCCAAGAAUGCCUCGGUGGAAGACAUCAAGAAGGCUUAUAAAAGGCAAGCUCUUCUGUUUCAUCCAGACAAGAAUAAAAACUCUGGAGCAGAAGAAACGUUCAAAAAAAUAUCUGAGGCCUACUCAGUGCUAACAGAUCCGGACAAAAGAAGAAUAUUCGAUAGCUAUGGCGAAGAAGGGCUCAAGAACGAAUGUGGCGGGUUUGGUUUCCCUCCAUUCACAGACCCCGCGCACAUCUUCCGCGACGUUUUUGGCAAUGAUCCUGAUUUUCAGUUCUCAGGUAGGUGAUGGAUUUUUAUCAUCGAGAGAGAAGAUUUUAGUGUGAAUUUAUCACAGGUAGUUCUAAGUCGUCCAUCUUUGAGCUUCUUAACGAUAUCAUCAAGAAUAGAUGGUAUUAACAAACCGAGUGGUUACAGAUGUUUUCGUCUGAAUUUACUAAACUGUUACAUUUAACCUUAAAAUAAACUCUAGAAAGGCUGUUGAUGUAUAGUUUGGAUUUUUCCAUAUAUUUUGGUACAUUCAAAUUGUUGCCGAGUUCGCUCAACUCGAUCCGAACCGUCAUGAAAAUCAGAGUACAAUACGUUUUGCGCGUUUUCUAGUUCUAGAAACUUCUAUAUUUUGAUCUUGUUGAUAUUGCACUUCUUACGAGCCAGUAAGAUUUCGAUUUUAGGUUAUCUGUCACUAUUUCAUUGGGAUUUUGUCAAGUAUUUUAAUUUGUGGAAAUUAAACACAAAAUUUUUGCUUACGAGGAAUCGUUCGAAUUAGGGUUUCAAAACAUAAACCUGGUCGUUUCAUCAAUACAUUUUCUGUUCUUUACUAACAAGCGCGAGGGUUUUCAUCUUCGUUGGCGAGCAUUGAGCUCAGCAUUUACGUAGUUUCUUGGUAUUUAGUUAUGCCUGACGCACUUAAAAAGGUGGCUUGGCGAGAUCAAUGUGUUACUAUUAAUUUCUUGUCUCGACCAAAAAUGCGCUCAUGCGAAACAACAGUCGGCGGUCACUAACACAUUACUGGUCUGUUUUUAACUGUGCAUCUACUGGAAUAAGUGUUCCACUGAAUUUUGCCGGUUUGUAUUGAAGGGAAAACGUAAUAGUCUUGAAUUGGCAGUUUAUGGCUUUCCUCACAGUUUUAAAUUCUGAACACUUUGCAUGUUUGUCGUUUUUCAAGCAUAUCCGAUGAUUCUGGAAUUUUCUCUCGACUACAACGUAUAUAUUGAUACUUUUUGUGUUUGGUUUUCGCUUUGUUUUCAUUCUGUUUGUCCCUUGAAAAUAUAUUUCUACUUCAAUUUGCCGAAUAUCAAAUUCCUGCUGCAAAGCUAUGAUGAAUAAGUUUAUCGUAAAAAUCUCCCUCGAGUAGCAUUUGGAUAAUGUUUCCAUUUUUAACAUAGUUUUUCUUCGAUGAUACAAUCAACUGAAGGGGCACGAAAUUUCGUAACGCCAUAAUUAGCAGCAUAUCAAAACCUCCCUUCAUUUUCCUUUAAAGAGUCACACCGAACCAUGAUUCAGGAAAUAACUAAUGGCAGUUGUAGGCCUAUUUUCGAAAAUUAAGUGAACUACUGAGCACAUUUGAACUCAUUAUUUUUGGUGUGCUGAUGAAAAUUGCCAACUUCCCUGUUCUAGAACCUUCUAUUUAAUUAGGGGUUAAAGCUUGUUUCAUCUUGUGAAAGCAAUAAGACUCUAUCAAUUAAUAUUGGUUCCUUGUUUACACCAUCUGCAGUACAAAAUAACAGAGAAUGAAAUUAUUUCAGUCUGGAAGUUUCUUGCGGAAACAAUUUCAUUUCCAUUGGAGCGACUAAUCAGAACACCAAUUUCCUGGUGCAUUUGAAGUGUGAAAACAGUGCAACAUUUCUCAAAAUUCCAUUUCUUCUGGAACAUUUCCAGUAGACUGAACCAGAAAGUUUCUUCAUUUAAUCCCUUGUUUUAAUAGAAUUGUGGUAUUCAGCUCCAACACCCAAUACGUGUAUGUACAGAUGUCACAUCUCAUUUCCAGCUAGAAGCGUUAAAUUUAAACUACAUAUUGUAAAAGAUGGAAAGUAUGUACUUAGAGUUUUUCAACAAAUUCAUGAGACUACAAGAGUAUAUUACUUGUGUUGAAUUUAGCAGUGAUCUAUUCACCACAACACAGAGUACAAUGUACAUAAUCACAUUUUUAUUCUGUAUGUUUCUUUCUUUUACAGACUUCAUGGAUGGAGAUUUUAACCCCAAUUUCUCUCGCUUGUUUUCUACCUCACGGAACUCAUCAAACUUUGGAGGCUUUAAACAUUUUUGUGAUGAAGAUUUUGACUUCCCCUGUCCUGAGCCAUUUAAGAAACAACCUGUUCGAGAUCCUCCUAUUGAGACCAACCUACAAGUUUCCCUUGAAGAACUUGACACUGGAUGCACAAAACAACUUAAGCUAACCAGACAAGCCUUAUCUCCCAAUGGACAGGCUUCUCCUGAAGAAAAAAUUCUGACAAUUGAAGUCAAACCUGGCUGGAAGGCAGGAACAAAAGUAACCUUUGAACAACAUGGAGAUCAGAAACCAGGAGUAAUUCCAGCAGACAUUAUUUUUGUUGUAGGGGACAAGCCCCACCAAUACUUUAAAAGAGAUGCUGAAAACAACCUUCUCUAUACAGCAAAAGUGGAUCUGCGUGAUGCUCUUUGUGGAUGUGUACUUCAGAUUCCAACUAUUAAGGGAAGAUUCUUAGCAGUGCAGCUAAAUGAGGUUAUACAACCAGGAACACAGAAAAGAAUUCCAAAUGAAGGUCUCCCUCUGCCGAAAUUUCCAGGAAAAAGGGGGGAUAUGAUAGUGACAUUUGACGUAGAGAUCCCUACAAAUUUGACAAUGGAACAGAGACAGCAUAUUGCUGGCUGUUUUUAGAGCAUUUUGUGAGCAUAGAGUUUAUCACAAUAGUGAAGAAGACUGCCAAUAAUAGA